AUGCAUUGUUGUGACAUUGUGUUUGCAAAUUCUAUUGUAGAAACCCCAACAACCACAAAAUCUGAGCAUUCAGCUGCCAGAGAUAUACCCCAACUCUCAACAUCUGUAGCCUCUGAGUCAACAUCUACAGCUACUCCAACACCUUCAAAAACUGUGCAAUCCGAAGGCAGCCGUAUCUUCCCUUUACUCCCAUUACAUUUUCAGGAAAUCUAUUGUUACUUUAUGUAUUGUUGUGACAUUGUGUUUGCAAAUUCUAUUGUAGAAAACCCAACAACCACAAAAUCUGAGCAUUCAGCUGCCAGAGAUAUACUCCAACUCUCAACAUCUGUGGCCUCUGAGACAGUCGAGAAUGACCUUGACACUUGUAUUCGCAACAGCGAAGAGUCGCCAAGGAAGCUAACAAUGGAUGACCAUGAUGACGAUGGCGGAAAGGGUUUCUCCAAGUUUGUGUGGACAUCUGAGAUUGAGAAGGUCUUUGUACAUAUUAUGGUUGCAAAAAAAAAAGAGAAUGUAAACAGCCGACUGCCAACUUUAGGCCUCCUAGUCCUGCAACAAACUCUCACGGGAAAAAGGCCUGUUGAAGGUGGCCCAUCAACAGUUGAUUCUCGUGGUACAAAGAAGAGUAAGGGAGACGAACCAAGUUUUCAGAGCAUAUUGCAGCUGUAUCAUGACGUCCAAAAAGAGAAUCAACUGAGGAUGAGCAACAAGGUCGAGCCUGCAAGAGUCGCUAUCGACGCUCUUUACUCAAUGGGAUUUCCAAAACCAGAUUUCUGGAAAGCAGUUGAUGAGAUAACAAAGCAUAAGCAUAAGGCAUACAUUUUCUUGGCAUUGAGGCCUAAAGAGAACCUCCCUAAAAUAGACCAUUACGAGAAAACAUUCUCUACGGGCAUUGUUGACUUUAACGGUUUGUCAAACUCGAUACAUAUGAGUGGUGCUGGUCCUUCUACUUACCGCAAUGAAAACGAUGAAGAUUCCGAUGACAUGUCAUCGAAUAUUGGUGACGCUGCUCAUCAAGAUUUUUUGGAUUUGUUGAUGCUUCACCUUUUCCAUCAAUACCAACAACAACAACAAGUAUUGAAUGCACAAAAUUUGGAGUCUCCUGAGUCGGGUGCACAGUACGCAUUUCGAGUGCUUAAUCAUCCAAACCCAGUAAAACUCUAUGAUGUAACUCGACUAAAUCACGCGACGUAUUUUGCGCUGCGCGGAGGCCUUUUGGACAAUGGCUUUUGGGUUGAACAUCACAACGACAAAGUUCUUAUCGAUGAAGCUUUGUUUUUGUUUUUGUAUAUGGUUGCCGGUGAUCAAACUAUUCGCACUACUAAAGAUAGGUUUGAGCGGUUGAAGGAGACCCUGUCACGAACCAUUUGCGAUAUGGCUGAGGCAAUUGCUAGGGAUCAUUUCCCGGCGGAUGGUGACCGGGAGGAUGACAUUGCUUUUCAGGCCCAGCAGGAUGCUGAAGGGCCUUAUAUUGGCGAAUUUUAA